AUGCCUGUAAAGGAUCGCAUCAAGGAGGUUUGGGGGGACAAAGUUAUUGGAUGUUUUGGCACACCUGAACAAGACGAGAAUCCUGAUGCACCAUCUUCUGCCAUGUAUCCCGGCAGAUGCACCCAUGUACUUGAAUCCAGAAUGUGGUAUCUCAUCAUCAUUAUGGCUUUAGUCUUCAACCCGGUGGCCGCGGAGACUCCCUUCAGAAAACCCAUGGGCCGUGACUGGAGAUUAACACGAUUCUUAGCCCCCCAAGCGCCCCCCGCCACCGCAGCUGCUCCCACCGGUACCUACCAAAGAAGUCAGGGUUCCCAGAUUCCGAAUCCAGAGGUUGGGGUCAAAAAUGAUGUCAACGCAGAAUACAGGCCCAACAGAGACCCCGGGGAUGUCCAGGAUGCCAACGGCACGUGGAUUGUCCGAAACGUAGGAACUUUUUCCAACAAGGCGGUGUAUACCUUCUCCGGAGACACAUUGCCAGACGGACUCUAUGCAAGCGAUUACACUGUACAAAACAGGUUGGGUGAUGACGGUCCCAGAACGGGCACUCUUUACAACCACAGAUUUGACCCCGCCAACGUUCAGUUGAGCAAUGGCUUUGUUCGUCUCAUCGUGCCUAGUGGCCAAAGACCAAACCGCCGACCGGACAAGGCAAUCAGUUGUGCCGAAAUAGCCACAACAGAAUCCAACAUCAUCAGCGCAAGUGUACGCACCCGCGCUGUGUUCAGCAAGGUGCCGGGCACUUGUCAUGGGAUGUUCUUCUACAAAAACGAUACGCAAGAGAUUGACAUUGAAUACUUGACCGACCCCACGUCCCUUUCAAACAACGGCCCGCGUGAACCGAUCCCGAUCUGGUACACCAACCAGCCAAUCGAUCCAGAAAAUCCAGAAGACCACGAUUCCACCUCUGAGACGGGACCGGCUCCCUUCGAUUGUACCUCGAGGGUACAUGAAUAUCGCAUUGACUGGACACCAGAGUACACGGCAUUCUAUCUUGAUGGCAUCGAGCAAAAGCGUUUCACCGACAAUGUCCCCACCACCCCCGGCUCGUGGGUGUGGAACAAUUGGGCGAAUGGAGAUAAAGGCUGGUCGAAAGGCCCUCCCAAAGGAACAGCCGACAACGUGUUCAAGAUACAGAGUAUUUGGAUGUACUACAAUACCAGCACCGAGACAACAUGA